ACUUGGCAAGCGGGAGAGAGAGAGAAAGCAGGGAGGAGCCCAGCUUUCCCGUCGCCAGUGGCGGUGCUUAUCGCUCCGGCGAGGCGGCUCUCCCUCCAAUUCCCGGGGAAGCAGGAGGGACCCGCCCCUGGGUGGAAGAAGAAGGAGAGGAGGAGGAAGAGGAAGGAAGAGUAGGCAGAGCCAGCAAUGAAGGGUUGCGCCCCGAGGAGCGCCCACGGCAUGGAGGAACCCUGAGAGAGGCUCCCUGCUGCAGAGAAUGGCUGAGGACGGGGCUACAGGUCACAAGAAGCGGGCAGUCAUCUUCUUUGUCAUGGCCCUGUUAGCCACCGAACCUGCCUUAGGAUCUCUGGAGGAGACUUGCAAUUGCAGCACUGCUAUUGAUUUCCAUCUGUUCCAGACCGGAUUGGUUCCUGAGAUGUGUUGUGUGAAUCUUAGCAGGACUACCAUUGACAUGUUGGACUGGAGCAUUUUCUCUGGAAUUGUGGGAUUGAGAGAGCUCUACCUCUCAAAUUGUGGCAUAUCUGAUAUUAUCAGAGCAGAUAAUGGUUCGUCAUCCUUAGAGAUUCUACACUUGGACCAUAACCAGCUAAGUACACUCCCAGACAGUUUCCUAAAAAAUGCACCCACUUUGCAUGUCCUUCAAUUAGAGAGCAACCAGCUCCAGAAAUUACCUGAAUCAUUCCUAGAAGCAUCUGACCAAAUCCAGGUCAUUCACCUUGAGUUCAAUAAUUUAACUUCCCUCCCCUCUGGGAUUUUUAAAUCAUCCCUCCUUGAACUAGGCCUCUCCAACAACAGCUGGGACUGCACUUGCACCUUAUUUGGAAAUGUGGACAAUGUUCAGCUUGCGCCACUGGACCCUGAGAUAAUUUGUAGCACACCACAACAUUUCCAUGGCCUGAACAUCAAGAACAUUCCUAGGCAGGAACUGUGCCGGAACCAUACCCUUACAGCUCUCCUCAUCAGCCUGCCUUUGGUGGCCAUCCUAGUUUUGGUCAUCUGCUGCUUUUGCAGACAGAAGAAAAAGACCAGCUAUGUUAUCCGUAGCAGGAAAGAAAGCCACCUAGCAAUAGGAGAGAAGAAUGGUGGCAAAGGGUCAGGGGACCAUCACAGCUACAUGCCUUGUGAUCUGCCUAUUGUAUCUGCUGCAGAAAGUGAGAAGAACAUCUUGUUGAGAAACCAAGUCUUGCUGAAGCCUUCAGCAGCACUACUGGGGAGCAACAGAGACCUCUAUGAGGAGGUAGAGAUCAAACUGGGGUCCUCUGAGGAUUCCAUGGUGCAAGGAAGCCUUGAUCAAGACAAAUCAGGGUCCAACAAACUGGCUGUGGCCGAGGAAGGUGUCACAGGUGGUGAGUCCGAGGCUGAGACUGUGAGUGUGACGGACGUCCUGAAGGACUCAGCAGACCGUGAGAAACUCUAUAUGAACCAGUCAGAUUAUUAUAACCUGGUGCCCGGGAUUGAACUGGAGGAUUCAGACCACAUGGAGUAUGAGAACAUUGACCUUGGCUGAGGCCAAGCGGCUGAAAAUGGGCAUCACCAAUUAUCUUUCAUCUGUUAGAGGGGCAGGAACACCAGCCAGAGACAAUGUGCAAAGUCCCCUACUGAUUAGUUAUUUCAUGUAAACAAUGUUAUGCUCUGUAACAUUUGUUUCUAUGUUUUAGGGCCUUUUGUAUGGGAAAUCUGUCAUUGUCAAAAAUGAAGAAAAUAUAUCUUGCACUAAGGCUGAUCCACCCCAUUCUGAGAGGCAUUUGGAGAGGUGGACUCUGUUGAUGGCAGUUUCUUUCUAGCCAUUUGUUGCUAUGCAUGAAACUUGGUGUGCAGGUUUUUUUUAAUGUUUAUGCCUAUUUUUAGAAAGCAAAGCAAUCUGACAUUUUAUUUUUAAAGACUUUUAGCAUGCUAUUCUAUGUAUUCCCUACAUGGGAUUGUAUGAGAUUCCCUCCUAAAUUCCCAUACUCUCUCCUGACCUUCAUUCCUGCUGUGUGAGUUGGUCUCUCUAGUCUCUUUCCCUCCAAACUCCACUAAAUGGAGUUUGUGCUCUAGGAAUUUCUUUAUUUUAAGAACUGGGAUUUCAUGCUGCAGCAUAUGGAAAGAGAGUGGCACCUGGUGGACAGGAGAGCACACAUCUGGUCUCACUAGAAUAAUAAAGGCUGACUAUCCCUUUUCUGAAAAUACAAAAUCUAUAAUAUUUCAAAAUCCAAUUGUCCACUUGAGUGGUUAAGAUAGUACCACCUUUGCUUUCUGAUUCAAGAUACACAAAAUUUGUCGAAGGCUUUCAUGGCUUGAAUCACUGGGUUGUUGUAGAUUUUUCGAGCUAUAUGGCCAUGUUCUAGAGGCAUUCUCUCCUGAUGUUUCACCUGCAUCUAUGGCAAGCAUCCUCAGAGGUAGUGAGGUCCUCACUAUCUCUGAGCAUGCUUGCCAUAGAUGCAGGCGAAACGUCAGGAGAGAAUGCCUCUAGAACAUGGCCAUAUAGCCCGAAAAAACCUAGAACUACACAAACUUUGUUUCAUAUACAUAAUUAUUAAAAUAUUGUUUAUAAUAUUAUCCUCAGGCUAUGUGUACAAAAUGCAUAUGAAACAUAAAUUAAUUUAAUGCUUAGAUUGGGGUCCUAUCUUCAAGACAUCUCAUUGUGUAUGUAUAUACAAAUAAAAAUACUCCAAAAUUCGAGGGGGGGUGGGUCUGAAAUCCAAAACAGUUCUUUUCCCAGGCAUUUUUGGAUAAGGGAUACUCAGCCUGUAUGUGCUCCAAGAUGUCCAGUAUUCCCUUACAUCAGACAUGGGAAUUAUGUAGCCUUUGAAAUGUUGUUUGCAAUCCUAGCAAACAUAUUAAUGUCUGAAAGCACUUAAGAUAUAACAGCAAAUAAAGAUCAACACUCAAAGACAGGGGAACUCCAGACAAGAAACAAUCAGGGACAGCUAAUCACCUCUCAGCAAAGGAGUCCCCAGGCAGUAACAAGCCACAUCAAAAAAACUGUCAGGCCAUCAAAUGCUAAUCAAAGCAGCCAAUGGCAACAUUCACACUUGCCUCCAACAUACAAGAGUUCUUUCUUCCACCCUGGAUGUUCCACAGAGAUAUGAACCCAAUUUUCCUAGUUUCCAACAGCCCUCACAGCCUCUGAAGAUGCCUGCCAUAGAUGCAAGUGAAACACCAGGAGAGAAUGCUUCUAGAACAUGGCCAUACUGCCUGAAAAACCUACAACAACUCAGUGAUUCUGGCCAUGAAAGCCUUCAACAAUACUUAAGAUAUUAUCAUUUAGAUAUAAUAUAUCUAAUCUAGGCUAACUUUUAUCCAUUUCUUUAAGUUUGUUUUAUAAGAUUUGAUACACAUGUAGCUUGAUCAAUGGGUGGAAUGCCAGACAAUUGAGUUACCUGUUGAGUCAAAGGUGGCUUUUUCUACCUCUCCCAGAGUACACCUACAUUGUAGAAUUAAUGCAGUUUGGUACCACUUACAUUGCUAUGACUCAAUACAAUAGAAUCCCAGGAGUUGUAGUUUAACAAGAUCUUUAGACUACUCUGCCAAAGAACAUUAGUGCCUCCCCAAAUUACAACUCCUCUACGAUUCCAUAGCAUUGAGCCAUGGCAGUUAAAGUGUUAUCAAACUGGAUUAAGUCUACAGUGUAGAUGCACCCCCCAGUCUUGUGAUCCAGUAUGGCGGAGUAAAGAACUAUUGGCCUUGAAAACAUAGCUUUCCAAAUUCCCACAGUAAUACGUAAGCAAUGCAUAGGCACUUGUAUAUUGCUUGAGUUCCCUUUUUGUACUGAACAGUUCCAGUAUUCUUGCUGUAGCAUAUCCGUUUCGAAAAAAGGAAGAAAAAGCAACAUGUAUAAAUAAAGUGGGACAAACUGUUA